AUGAGCUUGGCGAUGGAGCUUGAUCCUAAACCAACGUGCGAAACCGUUCCAGGAUUGCCGCAAAAGAAAUUCUAUAGACAACGAGCGCAUUCUAAUCCACAUUCCGAUCAUGAUAUCGAUUAUCCAAUCUCUCCAGACAAAAUGGAUUGGACCAAACUUUACGGUGAUUUCGCAAUUGGCAGAACUGUGGAAUUCGCAGACAUCGGCUGCGGUUAUGGUGGGCUUCUGAUGAGGCUAUCACCGCUAUUCCCAGACACUUUGAUGGUUGGAAUGGAGAUUCGAGUAAAAGUUUCAGAUUUUGUGUGCGAGAAGAUUAAAGCGUUAAGAAAACAUCACGAGGAUACCGGAGCUUAUAGAAACAUCGCAUGCCUUCGAACGAACGCGAUGAAAUACAUGGAGAAUUAUUUUCAUAAGCAUCAGCUCUCAAAAAUGUUCUUUUUGUUUCCGGACCCGCAUUUUAAGAACAAAAAGCAUAAAUGGAGGAUCAUCACACCAUCAUUGUUAUCCGAAUACGCCUAUGUUCUAAGGCCUCAAGGUUUGAUCUACACCAUCACCGAUGUAAAGGAUCUUCAUGAUUGGAUGGUGAAACAUCUCACCGAGCACCCUCUUUACGAGAGGCUCACCGAACAGGAGCUCGAGGCGGACCCGGUAGUCGGACUCCUUUAUGAGAGCACCGAAGAAGGGCAGAAAAAUUGGUUCUGGGCAAUGACUGGAGUUGGAGAAGAUGAAUAUGAGUCGCUUCCGACGCAUAGUAUUCCGUUGCAGGUCCAUUUGGCCGCCGGCGCAUUGGCGGGCGCUGUCGAGCACUGUGUGAUGUUCCCGUUCGAUUCGGUCAAAACGCGAAUGCAAUCGUUGUGUCCGUGUCCCGAAACGAAAUGUCCGACGCCGGUACACUCGCUGAUGAGCAUUGUCAAACGUGAGGGUUGGCUUCGACCGUUGCGCGGUGUGAACGCGGUGGCGGCUGGCUCGAUGCCGGCGCAUGCACUCUAUUUCACGGUGUACGAGAUGCUGAAAAAUUAUUUGACGGGCAACACGAGCGGACAUAUGAACACGUGGGCGUAUGGAGUGUCGGGAAUCGUCGCGACGCUCAUUCACGACGCCGUCAUGAAUCCGGCGGAGGUUGUCAAACAGCGAAUGCAAAUGGCGUUCUCGCCAUAUGGAUCGUCGCUGGAAUGCGUUAGGUGCAUUUAUAAUCGAGAAGGCAUCGCGGCGUUCUAUCGAUCGUAUACGACACAGUUGGCGAUGAAUAUUCCGUUUCAGACGAUUCAUUUUAUGAACUACGAGUUUUGGCAGCAUGUUCUGAAUCCGGAGCACAAAUAUGAUCCGAAGUCGCAUUUGAUCGCUGGUGGACUCGCUGGCGGAUUGGCGGCGGCUUUGACGACACCAAUGGAUUGUGUGAAGACGGUUCUGAACACCCAACAAUCGGCGGAAACUGAUCCGGUCAAUAGGCGGAUCUUUUUACAGGCGAGGUAUCGAUAUCGCGGAAUUUCGGACGCGGUGCGGACGAUCUACACACAGCGCGGAAUUAAUGGGUUCGCGUGUGGACUACAGGCGAGAGUCAUUUUCCAGGUUCCCGCGACGGCUUUAUCAUGGUCGGUUUACGAGCUUUUCAAAUUUGUGUUGUCUUUCGAGCAAGACAAAUCGGCAUAG